AUGGCUAUUGCAAGUUACCGCAGUUUAAUGAUUGCGUGUGCCAUGACAUGCGAAGCCGAUGCUUACACAGUUAUCAACUGCCGUCGGGGAAUACAAGUUCCACCAAUCAUCAACGAGUCAAAUGCGACGGAAAGCAGCGGCAUAACAGCGUUAAACUACGAAGGGAGAUUCCAUUCCAAAAAGAAUGGUUUCGGAAGUCGGAGGCUGGAUGGAACUGAAUUUAGGCAACAGGAUAUUAAAAUCCCGUGGGGAAAAUACAGGAAGAAGGAUAUUACGAGGCAGCAACCUGACGACACCAAUACUUUUCAAAACAUGAGACACAUCCGGUGUUACCAUGUUGCUGUCCAAAGAAACCAACAGCAAUAUUACGUAUAUGAAAAGGUGCGAAUGCAUGCAUUGCAGACUGUCCUUGCAAGGGAGUCAACUGCAAGCAUCCCGUUAUACCACACAGGUCAAGGCUUGUAUAAACUAGUUGGUUGUCUCAGCAGAAGGUGUGAGGCCAAGCUGAAAAUCAACCAUAUUUUAGGAUAUUCGUUAUUGCUGCCGGUUUUGGUCAUUCAAGUACAUCAGCUGUUUUCUCAUGAUUUGUUGGUGGCAGCGUUGGCCACAGGUCAACAGUUCCAGCAGACUGACAUUUUCGACAUUGCUGUAAAACUUGCUGAACCUGGUUUCUUCAGUUCUGGCUUGACUGGCAAAGGUGGCCAGUUCCAAGUCAGUAGCCAAAUCCAGAACACUGGCUCUGGAGCCCAGUUUGGUUCUCUAAAUUCAGGCAACAAUGGAUUCCAGGCUGGUUUGCAGAGUGGAUUUGGUGCUAAAUCAGGCAACAAUGGAUUCCAGGCUGGUUUGCAGAGUGGAUUUGGUGUAAGCGGCAGUGGAUUUCAAUUUGGGUCUGCUGGCAGCAAAUUUGGGUCUAGUUCAACUGGUUCUGGAUUCCAGUCUGGUACAGGCAGCAGUGGAUUCCAAAUUGGAACAAGUGGCAGUGGAUUCCAAUCUGGUACAGGCAACAGUGGAUUCCAGUCUGGUUUAACAAGUGGCAGUAAAUUCCAGUCUGGUUUAACAAGUGGCAGUAAAUUCCAGUCUGGCUCUGGAGUUCAAUCAGGAUUAUCAAGCAAUACUGGAUCUCAAACUGGCUCAUCCUUCGGUUCAGCAGCUGGCUCUCAGUUCCAGACUGGUACAAGCAGCAGUGGAUUCCAGUCUGGUUUAACAAGUGGCAGUAAAUUCCAAUCUGGCUCAACUGGCUCUGGAAUUCAGUCAGGUUUAUCAGGCAACACUGGAUCUCAGACUGGCUCAUCUUUCGGUUCAGCAGCUGGCUCUCAGUUCCAGACUGGUACAAGCAGCAGUGGAUUCCAGUCUGGUUUAACAAGUGGCAGUAAAUUCCAGUCUGGAUCAACUGGCUCUGGAGCUCCGUCAGGUCUAUCAGGCAACACCGGAUCUCAGACUGGCUCAUCCUUUGGUUCAGUAACUGGUUCACAAUUCCAGUCUAGUACAAGCAGCAGUGGAUUCCAGUCUGGCUCAACUAGCUCUGGAAUUCAGUCAGGUUUAUUAAGUAACACUGGAUCUCAAACUGGCUCAUCCUUUGGUUCAGCAACUGGCUCUCAAUUCCAGUCGGGUGCAAGAGGCAGUGGCAGUGGCAGUAAAUUCCAGUCUGGCUCCUCAACUGGCUCUGGAGUUCAGUCUGGUUUAUCAGGUAAUACUGGAUCACAAACUGGUUCAUCCUUUGGUUCAGCAACUGGGUCUCAAUUCCAGUCAGGUGUAAGCAGCAGUGGAUUCCAGUCUGGGUUAAGUGGCAGUAAAUUCCAGUCUGGCUCCUCAACUGGCUCUGUUCAGUCAGGUUUAUCAGGCAACACUGGAUCACAAACUGGUUCAUCCUUCGGUUCAGCAACUGGCUCUCAAUUCCAGACUGGUACAAGCAGUAGUGGAUUCCAAUCUGGUUUAACAAGUGGCAGUAAAUUCCAGUCUGGCUCAACUGGUUCUGGAGUUCAGUCAGGUUUAUCAGGCAACACCGGAUCUCAGACUGGCUCAUCCUUUGGUUCAGUAACUGGUUCACAAUUCCAGUCUAGUACAAGCAGCAGUGGAUUCCAGUCUGGCUCAACUGGCUCUGGAAUUCAGUCAGGUUUAUCAAGCAACACCGGAUCUCAAACUGGUUCAUCCUUCGGUUCAGGAACUGGCUCUAGAUUCCAGUCAGGUACAAUCAGUAGUGGAUUCCAAUCAGGUUUAACAAGUGGCAGUAAAUUCCAGUCUGGCUCCUCAACUGGCUCUGGAGUUCAGUCUGGUUUAUUAAGUAACACUGGAUCUCAGACUGGCUCCUCUUCUGGUUCAGGAACUGGUUCUAGAUUCCAGUCUGGAACAAGCAGUGGUCGUUUCCAGUCUGGUUUAACAAGUGGCAAUAAAUUCCAAUCUGGCUCAACUGGCUCUGGAAUUCAGUCAGGUUUAUCAGGCAAUACUGGAUCUCAGACUGGCUCAUCCAUUGGUUCUGCAACUGGAUCUCGGUUCCAGUCUGGUACAAGCAGCAGUGGAUUCCAGUCUGGUUUAACAAGUGGCAGUAAAUUCCAGUCUGGCUCAACUGGCUCUGGAAUUCAGUCAGGUUUAUCAGGCAAUGCUGGAUCUCAGACUGGCUCAUCCUUUGGUUCUGCAACUGGCUCUCAGUUCCAGUCUGGUACAAGCAGCAGUGGAUUCCAGUCUGGUUUGUCAUCUAGUGGCUCAGCAACCGGUACUGGAAUCCAAGGAGUUUCAGGUGCAGGUGCAAGCAGGUUCCAGUCUGGAACAGCAGCUGGCAGUGGGAUUCAAGCUGGUUUAAUAAGUGGAAGCAGAUUCUCAACUGGUUCAACACGUGGUAGUGGACAGUCAUCUACAUCAUCAGUUAAUACUGGAUUUACAAGCGGUUCAUCUCUUGCUACUGGUUUCCAGGCUGGUUCAGGAAGUAGCAGUGCUUCAUCAGGACUUGGUGGAAUCCAAUCUGGUACUCGAGUACAGUCUGGCUCAUCAGCUAGUGCUGGAUUCCAGUCUGGUUCAUCAGCUAGUGCUGGAUUCCAGUCUGGUUCAUCAGCUAGUGCUGGAUUCCAGUCUGGUUCAUCAGCUAGUGCUGGAUUCCAGUUUGGCUCAACUGGCACUGGAUCUCAGUCUGGUUCAGGUGCAAACAGAUUCCAGUCUGGAGCAGCAACUGGCAAUGGAAUUCAAGCUGGAAGUGGAAGCAGAUUCUCAACUGGUUCAUCACGUGCUACUGGUUUCCAGUCUGGUUCAGGAAGUAGCAGUGGAUCUGGUGCUUCAUCUGGUUCAAGAGGUACUGGAUUCCAGUCUGGUUCAAGAGGUACUGGAUUCCAGUCUGGUUCAAGAGGUACUGGAUUCCAGUCUGGUUCAAGAGGUACAGGAUUCCAGUCUGUAUCAUCAACUGGCACAGGACCUCAGUCUGGUUCAAAAACCAUCAGUGGAAUCCAAGGAGUUUCAGCAGGUGCAAGCAGAUUCCAGUCUGCAGCAGCUGGCAGUAGAAUUCAGGCUGGCUUGACAGGUGGAAGCAGAUUUUCAAGUGGAUCAGCACGUGGUAGUGGACAGUCAUCUGGAUCAUCAGGCAGCAUUGGAAUCUCAAGUGGUUCAGCAAGAGGCAGUGGAUUUGGGGCUAAUUCUGUGGGCAGUAGAUUCACUGGUACCCAGCCUGGUUCAUCACGUCCCACAGGCUUCCAGUCUGGCUCAGGAUCUAGUACUUUGUCAGGACUUGGUGGAUUCCAGUCUGGUUCAAAUGGUGCUGGAUCACAGACUGGUUCAGGAAGAAUUCAAGGUGGUUUAGCAGGUUCAAGCAGAUUCCAGUCUGGAGCAGCAGCUGGCAGUGGCAUUCAGGCUGGUUUGACAAGCGGAAGCAGAUUCUCAACUGGUUCAGCACGUGGUAGUGGACAGUCAUCUGGAUUAUCCGGCAGUAUUGGAUCUUCAACUGGUGCAGCAAGAGGCAGUGGAUUUGGGGCUAGUUCAGUGGGUAGUGGAUUCACUGGAUCCCAGUCUGGUUCAUCACGUGCCUCUGGCUUCCAACCUGGCUCUGGCAGUGGAUUCGGUGUUUCAUCAGGACUUGGUGGAUUCCAGUCUGGUUUAGAUGGUGCUGGAUUUGGAGCAGCAGGUGGCAGUGCACUUCAGUUUGGUUCAGACUCAGCUGAUGCAUUUGGUAUCUUUGAGCCUCUGAAUCUUCCUGCAGAAGCCACUCGCUUGCUUGGAAAGAUCUCAACAUCAUUUACCUGCCUUGAGCGGCCUUAUGGAUAUUAUGCUGAUGAAGAAAACUCCUGUCACAUCUUCCACAUCUGUUAUCCUGCUCUCUUUGCUAAUGGUGUUAUCGAGACCUCCCAAUACAGUUUCCUGUGUGGUGAGGGUUCUCGAUUCGACCAAAAGGAACUUACUUGUGUGGCAGAAUCAGAAGCUAUUCCUUGCCAGGAAUCUUCCAACUUCUUUUUCAAGAACGAACAGUUUGGUCUUCCAAAGGAGAAGAUUUAA